UCUCACAACCCGGCCCUUACACGGGACGCCGGCCGCCCGGCAACAGGAUGGCGUCAGCUCCGGGGCGGGCCCGGAAGAGGCGGUUGUUAUGUUGAGCCGCCAUGGUGUGCGAGAAGUGUGAGAGGAAGCUGGGCACGGUGAUCACUCCUGAUACGUGGAAGGAUGGGGCGAGAAACACCACAGAAAGCGGUGGCCGAAAGCUGAACGAAAACAAGGCAUUGACCUCAAAGAAAGCAAGGUUUGAUCCUUAUGGAAAGAACAAAUUUGCAAUAUGUCGAAUUUGUAAGAGUUCUGUCCAUCAGCCUGGAUCUCACUACUGUCAAGGAUGUGCCUAUAAAAAAGGCAUCUGCUCAAUGUGUGGCAAGAAGGUGUUGGAUACGAAGAACUACAAGCAAACUUCUGUCUGAUUACAUUGAUCAGUUUUUCAUGAACUUCUGACUUCUGCAUCUUUGUACAUUUACCUUUGUCCAAUAUUGUUGAUGAAUAUUACUUCCUGGAAGAUAAUACACUUACUUGGGAUGAGUUUAGGGGAGAAGACAGCCUGGUUGUUUCUGUAGAAAUGAACACAGUAUUUGAUUGUUGUUGUUGUGGCACUAACGUUAAUAUUUAAGGGGUAAUGGUUUGCAGCAGCUGAUACAGCUCAUAGUGAUAGGUUGAAACUGUGUUACUAUCAUAUCAGAUCCUUGAGGUGAGCACUUACUGUUCUGUUGUCCUGUCUUGAAUCUUCUGCUUGUGUGCUGGUAAUACUUAAUGGAUGCAUAAAAUAUGAGCUUAUAUCACAUCUUUAAAAUACCAUCAUUAAUUAGUUCUGUGCUUACAGGUAUUUAUAUUUUUGCUCAUCCCUAACUAUUAUGUCCUGCACUUUGAAGUGCUGCUUUUCAGAGCUUAAUUCCAUUGUUCUGACCCAACGGUAGUGUCUGUUGAAUCGAAAGCUGUUAAACUACUGAAAUGCAGUGUAUUGCUGCAAAAGUAAGAACUGGCAGAGUAACAUUGAUUAGCUAUUCCCUUGUCAAAUCCCAAGCAGAUUCUGCAUACAGCAUCUGGUGGCCCAAGGCAAUAAAAUAAUGAGCAUCAAUUUCUCAUGCCAGGUCUCAGUCUCCUUAUUUCCUAAGUUGGUGUGGUUUCUAAACGCUUGUUUUGAAACUGGCUCUUCAAUUCUGUGAUGUAUGAUUGUUUAUAUAAAUGUCAGAUUGAAAGAUCAAAACAGACUGCCUUCCCUUUAGCACUGUUUGGAGAUAAGACUGAGGCAAGCACCUGUGAACGUGUGAGGCUGCAUUUCUUUCAUCUUUUUGUGAAUUCUGUGUAAGAAAGUAAUUUCUCCUACAAAGAAUAAUAACUUGAAUUCAUGAUAGGAUUUUAACUAGACCUUUUUGUUUAUUCCUCUUGCCAUCUAUUCUUAGCAAAUUCUUACAGUUUUGCAACUUAUUUUCAACCAUAAGGGAG